CGAUUCUUCAGAAUUUUCAUCAACAAUCUCGACGCGAAUAACGCAGAGAGAGACCGAAAUAGGAGAAGAACUCAUCCCAUGAAAUAAUAUUUAUCGUCCAUUAUUAUAAACAAAUUUAUCAUUGUGUACAUUAUUUGAAAAUGAAGCCUACCCUUGUAGCUGAUGAAAUGUUUCCUGAUGGUGCUGGUUCUUACAUUGAAUUGGAGGAGGUUGGUGGCAGUCGCUUAUUAGUUGAUCUUACUGCAAGUGAAAAAGCAGUACAUGCAGAUUUUUUCAAUGAUUUUGAUGACUUAUAUGAUGAUGAUGACCUGGAAUAAAGUGAUAUAAAUUAUUACAUCAUCAGUAACACUAUCAUACUUAGAAUGUAUUUCCCAUUAUCAACUUGUAAUAAGUAAUAAUAAUAGAACAUAUUAAUUAUA